AUGGUUACAAGAUCCCGCUGCGAUCUUCACAUCCCCUGUCAGCCCCCCAGGGCACUGCCAGGGGAUCUCCGCAAAGCGGAAGCAAUUCGACAGGAGGUAGACAGUUUGCUUACAAAGGGCGCUAGACACAGCAUAGAGGACCUGGCGAUAAGUUCAGGCUUCUACUUGCAAGUGUUUGUGGUUCCAAACUACAGGUUAACAGUGGUACAAGCUAAAAUAGUUUAUUGGAGUGGAUUGAAAUCUGAAACAAUUUCUGGUCCACCACCACCAACUAUAGGAUCAACUGCCACACCAGUACCUGUUGUCACAGCUUCUCAAGAUUUAGUGACUUCUAAUGGAUGCGGUGAUACAAAAGGUUGUUAUUUGUCACCAAAUGACUGUGUGAAUAAGGAUGACUGUGAUGUACUGGUAUCUUGGAGACAAGAUAAUGAUAAUAUAAUAUUUGAACUCCUUGGCAAAAUGAGAAUGGGAGAAGAAUACAUAGCUAUUGGAUUUUCUACCGAUUUGUCAAUGGGUGAUGAUGAUGUUUGGGGUUGCAUUAAUGAAGGUGGUGUAGCAGUGUUGGAUCAUUCUACUAACGUUGGUCGUGAUAAUAUACCACAAAGUACC